AUGCCACCUACACUUCCGUGCUUCACUCUCGACAACAAAGUCUCGNCAUCUCAAGGUCUGGGUCAACAGAUCCUAGCAGCUUUCUGUCUUUCUGGAGGCCACGGUGCAGUCGUCGACCUCUCCCUCGACAGCGCCCAAAAAUCUAUCGAAACCAUCAACGCCGAAGUGAAAGAAAGAGGUCUCCCACCAGCAAACCUGCGUCCCUAUGAGUGCAACACAGCAGACGAAGCCGUCGUCAAGAGAACCUUCGCCCAAAUCGUAAAAGACUUCGGCAAAGUUGAUGUUCUCUGUACGAAUGCCGGAAUCACUGGUGGAGUUGCUGCCGAAGACUAUGAUUUCAAUGAUUGGAAGGGUAUGCUGGAUGUCAACGUCAAUGGCACUUUUCUGUUUGCCAAGGAGGCUGGUCAGCAUAUGAUCAAGCAGGGCAUUAAAGGUUCUAUCAUCAUGGUCUCGAGUAUGUCUGGUGUGAUUGUCAAUCGCCCCCAGAAGCAGUCUGCAUACAACACUGUAANNUCGAAAGCAGCAGUCGUCCAAAUGAUGAAGUCCUUCGCCAGCGAAUGGGGCGAGCACGGCAUCCGCGUCAACGCAAUAUCACCAGGCUAUAUCCAGACCGCCGCCAAUGAGGGUGAGGAAAUGGAGAAAUUGAGCAAGGAAUGGGUCAAAGACAUUCCCUUACACAGAAUUGCCAAACCCGAAGAGUUUAGGGGUACGGCUGUCUACAUGGCUAGCGACGCCAGUAGCUAUCUGACCGGCAGUCAGAUUGUGGUGGAUGGUGGCUAUACGGUUUGGUAG